AUGAGAUUCGCAGUCACUAUAUUGUCAUCAAUCCUGCUUGCUUGCUCAGUUACUAUUGCUAAUCCAGUUCAUCCCAGUGCAACCACAAGCAUCAUAUAUGGUCCCUUGUCAACUCCUAAUACAAACGCUAUAGGCUCGGCUGGUCCUGAUUUACUCUCAGAUGACAUCAAGAGCCUACUCCUGGAAUAUGCAGAAAAAAAGUAUAACCAUGAUAAACAAGCACGAAAAUGCGAAUUGAUAAACCUUCAAUAUAGUGAGCAGCGAGGCCUAGUAAAGUAUCUGGGUGAAAAGGUCGACAGCUUUAGACUUGAGCUUCAAAAAAACCCUGAGCAUUCAAAUUAUCCUCAUAGCGAUGUUAGAAUGACUACGCUUAAGCAAAAGUUUGGAGGAGAGUAUUGCAUUCUUGUCAAACUUGAAAAUAAGGAGAAAAGGUGCAGAUUCGACAGUGAUUAUCUAAAGUAUGAACUGGAGCUCGUCAUAAUAAAACUUGUGGCACGCAUUUUCGGACCUUUCAAUAGUGAACCACUUGAUGAGCAACUUUCGCGUGUCCUCUCAUAUCCUCUUAUCAGCACUUACCUCGAAGGAUUAUAUGGACAAUCAUCAGUACAUACUGAUGAAUCUGGCCAAGGUUCUAGUACUCAACAACAGCAAGAUCUGCAGCCAUCACCAGCAAUGUCAUCUAGAUCUCGUUCCACCAGACGAAGAUUUUCCGCCAGGAUACGAAGUACUGUCUCCAGAUUCAGUAGUGGCCUUAGAAUGUUUGCCGAGCAAUUCAGAUGUGACAAUAAAUCUGAUUGA